AUGGCGUUAUCUUCGACCGAUGGUGGUGUUGGGCGGCUCACCACGCGAUGGGCCGAUUUGGCGCUGGACGAUGAAGACGAGGGUUUCGAGCCUGUAGGGGAGGGCGUCGGUGUGAUUCAAGUUGGCGGGGAGGAGACCUGGGUGGUGGUAGGCCGGUUCCUUACAGUCAGGUUGGUUAAGGUGGAGUUUAUGCGGCAAGUCAUGGCCUCUGUAUGGCAGCCCGUCAAGGGCGUCCAGGUAACGGAGCUUCAACCAAACUUGUUUUUUUUUUUCGUGUUCUACCACAAAUCCGAUAUGGUAUGGGUGCUGGAAGAGGGGUCGUGGUCCUUUGAGAACAACACUCUCGUCUGUAGGCAGGUUUGCGACGGUGUGCUUCCGGGUGAUGUGGUUCUCGAUUCUGUUGACUUGUGGGUGCAGGUUCAUGAUCUCCCGUUGGGUUAUACCUUCGACUUGGUGUUGGAACAGGUUGGGAACUUUAUUGGUUCCUUCGUACGCUGUGAUGAUAGAUUUGCUGGGCAUUCUUAUAAGUUUUGUGUUAAGGCCAGAGAUUCGCCAUUGUCGGUCGAGCAGUAUGCCUUCGGGAGAGAGUUGAGGGCGGGAGGCCGUACGGGACCAAGGGCGGUCGGUGAGCACUGGUUAAUCCCGCCGGAAGGGCCACAGCGUGGUGCGGAGUCGGCUGUUGCUGCGGUGCCUGUGUCGGGCGAGUCGGGUGUGGCUCUCGUCACGGCUGACCGUGUGCAUGAUGCCGGGAUUGUAGCAGUAUCCAAGAGACGCCGUGAGGGGUCAGGUGGUGGUGGAGGCCGACAUAAUGGUGGUAGUGGCGGUGAUGUGCUGAUGUUUGAUGUUCUAAAAAACUUGUCCGUGGCGGGUUCUGUCCGAGAAGAGCGGUGGAAAUCCAUAUCCGGAGUCUCUUCUCUAGGGUUUGGGGAGGCAGUGGAUAGUUGUGGUCUGGCCCAACUACCUAUGAGGGGCUACCAGUUCACUUGGGAGAGAGGCAAAGGGACUGCAGGUUGGAUAGAGGAAAGAUUGGACAAAGUUAUGGCCACCACAGGCUGGUGCAAUUUACUCGAUAAAGCUUAUGUGGAGAAUGUCUUGACACGCACGGGGGUGGUGGAGGAGACAUGGAAGGAUGGGAAACCAGAAGGGCUCUUAAACUGUUUACAUCUUUGUGGGGAGAGGUUGAAGAGGUGGGGCGGAGAUCAUUUUCAUAAAUUCGGUGAACGCAUCAAACUGCUUCGCAGAAAACAGUUGUCAUUGCGUAGUCAAAGGGACCCAGCCUCCCUGGCAGAAUUCCAGCUUUUGGAGGAGCAGUUGGUGCGGUAUGCCUCUGCCUGUAAAAAGAAGAACUCUUUGUCUAGACUUAAGAAUGAUUCUGGGGAAUGGGUGGAGGGCGAGGCUAUGAGGCCUAUGGUAUUGUCUUAUUUUCAGAAUAUUUUCCAGUUAGGUGGUUCCACCCCAAUGGAAUCAUUUUUUAGUUCUAUCUCUCCACGGGUUUCCCAGAGCGAUAAUGAGCUAUUACUUCGCCCAUUUACAUAUGAUGAGAUUAAAGCAGCCCUAUUUUCUAUGUUCCCUGAUAAAGCCCCGGGGCCCGAUGGGAUGAAUCCUGGGUUCUAUCAGCAUUAUUGGGAUGUGGUAGGUGAAGAUUUGUCGGCCUUUGUGAUAAAUUGUCUGAGUAAUUGUUCUUUCCCUGAUGGUCUAAAUGACACAAAUGUGGUGUUAAUUCCUAAGAAGAAUAUUCCUGAGUCUGUGUCAGACCUGAGGCUUAUUGCACUGUGUAAUGUUGUUUAUAAGAUUAUGGCAAAGGUCUUGGCAAAUAGGAUGAAGCAUCUCCUUGAUGGAUUAAUCUCUGAAUCUCAUAGUGCUUUUAUCCCAAAUAGGCUCAUUACUGAUAAUAUUCUAGUAGCAGCAGAGGUGGGCCAUUUUCUAAACAGGAAGCAGUGUGGAUUGGUAGGGUGGGGAGCUCUGAAACUGGACAUGGCAAAAGCAUAUGAUCGUAUGGAGUGGCCCUAUCUGCGAAAUAUGAUGCUGGCAUUGGGUUUUGAUGAGAAAUGGGUUGAGCUAAUUAUGCUCUGUGUUACCACUGUAUCCUAUACUUUCUUGGUUAAUGGUGUAAGCAGUGGGCAGGUUGUGCCGACCCGUGGUCUGCGCCAAGGGGAUCCCCUCUCCCCCUAUCUGUUCAUUAUAUGUGCCGAGGGGCUAUCUUUGCUGCUUCAGAAGGCUCAGGGUUCCAUACAUGGUUGUAGGGUGGCUAGGGGUGCUCCUCCCAUUUCACACCUAUUUUUUGCAGAUGAUAGCCUCAUGUUUUUUAAGGCUAAUAUUCAUGAAGCUGGGGCGAUAAAGAAUUGCUUGGACAUGUAUGAAGGUAUGUCUGGUCAGGUUGUAAACUAUCACAAGUCCAGUAUUUGUGUCAGUAGGAACACUCCUGAAAGCGAAAGAGUUGAGGUGGCUGGGGUUCUGGGCGUUGAUCAGGCUGCAAAUUUUGGUAAGUAUUUGGGCUUGCCAAGCUUUGUGGGGAGAAAUAAGAUACUAGCCUUUACUUAUAUCGAAGACAAGAUCAGACAAAGAAUUCUCUCAUGGAAUAAGAGAUUACUGUCACAGGCUGGUAAGGAAAUCCUGUUGAAGAGUGUUGCCCAAGCAAUGCCAACCUUUUCUAUGGGUGUUUUUUUGCUUCCUGAGUCAGUUUGUAUAUCAAUUGAGAGAACUAUGAAUAAAUAUUGGUGGGGUACAGGUGCUGAGAAGGGAAUCCAUUGGAAAGCUUGGGAUCGUUUGUGUGUGCCUAAGAAGUUUGGAGGUUUGGGCUUCAAAGACCUCCGGGCUUUCAAUCUAGCAAUGUUGGGAAAGCAGGCCUGGCGGUUCUUGACGAUGCCUCACACCCUUGUGGCAAGAGUCUACAAAGCAAGGUAUUACCCGAAAACCUCCUUCAUGGAUGCUGCGUUAGGAAAUUGCCCGAGUUACUGCUGGAGGAGUAUUAUGGCUGCACAUGAUCUAGUAUGUGGUGGAGUUAGGAGGAGAAUCGGUUUAAUUGAUGACGAAACAAAGACAUGGGAUCACUCUAUACUGACAGAUAUCUUCUUGCCUUCUGAUGUGAAUCGUAUUUUGAGAGUUCCAAUCACCCCGGACUAUGAGGACUCAUGGUUUUGGUAUGGUGACCCGAGAGGCUGCUAUUCUGUUAAGAGUGGCUAUAGAUCCAUUGUUGGGGAUUAUGCCAAUUCCUCAAAUAUCUUUGAUAGAUGGAUUCCCUUAUGGAAAAUAAAGGUCCCCCCUAAGUGGAAAACUUUUAUGUGGAGAGCCCUUUCUAAUAUUCUUCCAGUGACAACAAAUUUGCUUUUGAAGAGGGUAGAGGUUGAACCCGCAUGCCCAAUGUGUGGGAUAGUUCAUGAGGAUAUAAUGCAUGCUCUCGUUUCGUGUGAAUUUACUCAACUCGUUUGA